UGAAGGAUUGCACCGUGCAAGACAAAUUCGUUGAGGAACAAACGGAGUGAAAUGGUCCAUGUCGUCCAGGAAAUACCCUAAUUUGUCUUGCUCCCUGGUCGAUGCCUAAACAUACAUGUGGCUGGGACAAAACGGCUUGAGUGACACAUGGUGGCGUUGGCGUAAAGGAAUCAAUCGUCUUAAUUUAGGAGGAAGGAUAUGGUGGGCCGACCAGCUACAGUUGGCAAUCCUUCUUUGACAUUGUUUUCUUGGUCCUCGCGACUGAUCAUCUGCUCCAAACCACAAUUUGCGUCCCACACUUGCAAGGUGAGAGGUGGGACGGGGGGACUGCCCGUCGCCGUAGUGCAGUCAACCCUCGAUUUGGCAGGCGAACAUAGACAGGGGGCAUUGGCGCAUCGGUUGUCUUUCGUGACCACACCCUUAUGUGGAUCAACCAUUUUCUUCCGAUGCUACUCGUCUCUGUGCAGAGUUUGUAGUAUGUCUUUUCUUUGCAGGAAACACCGUUUGAAGGAGACACAGACUGGCUUGAAGGUGCCAGGUCCCAGCGAGAUCGUGAUGGCAGAAUCGGCGCAACGAUUUGCAAAGGCGAGCGUAAGUAAACGCACACAAGUAGACGCAAGGUUAGCAUUAGAUCCGGCUCUUCUUUCUUUGCCAUUCUCCUCUUCUACACGCAUUCAAAGGAUGAUAAAGCGUAGAGGUGAAUUCGCCAGCCAAUAUGAGUAUGAGAUUGAAUCCUCCAAGGACCAUUGGAGCGAGCUGGAAUCGAAAUUUGAUUUGAAUCAACCUGCCCUUGCGGACGUCAAAGUUCCCGAUGUUGUUGAGAAGCAACGUUCCAGGAGAUUUGGUCACUUUCGAAGAAAGCUUGGUGAAUUGUUCUCGCACUUGCGGCUUGGUAGAUUAUUCUCAUGUAAUUUUCAGUGUAUGCAGUGUGCAAACUGUGUAUCUGUAGAGGAUCAUCAGCACCACGUCAAUCACCUACAGUCUUUAGAAUCCUUAGAGCUUGAGGACGCUUCAGACUCCGAAAUCGAAGAGACUAACCGGGAAAUUCUUGAGAGGAUCAAGAAGCAGUGGGGCGGGUUCUUCUCGGAGAAAUGGGGUGAUAACCUAGUGCUCGGUCCCAAAAUUGCAGAGGGAGGGCAGGCAGAGAUCUUUGAAGUGGAAGGCGGCGUGGACGUCAUUCGAAUGGAAUUUGUGGUGAAAGCCUUCAAAAAGGGCUAUUCUCUGCGAUCUCUGGAAACACAAUGGCCGCACGGAAUGCUUCAGAGCACCCCUGAAGGCCACUUGAGUCUCGUCAAUUCCUCCAUCAUCUUCGCCGGAACGGUCGUGGAGGACGACAGGUUCGCAUUUGUGAUGUACAAAUAUUGGGGCGACCUGCGCAAGCUGAUUGAUAUCAAAAUGGAGCAGCGAAGCAACCAGGGGCCUCCUUUUCAAGAAUGGCAGGCCAUAUCUAUCAUGCUGCAGAUAGCGAAUGGGAUGGAGCAGCUGCACAGGAAGGGGAUCCUCCACAAGGACCUAAAGACGUCCAAUGUACUCAUCAAAUUGGAUGUGAAGAAGCGGAACCCUCCCGAUCCAAGGCAUGCUUCGGAAUUCUCUUGUGUUGUUGCGGAUUACGAAUGCUCCGUCGGUGUCAUGGGGACAGGCUUCUGGAGGGCGCCCGAGGUUUUGGUCGCAGUAAUGGACGGUAACCUCGACCCAAGCGUGUUCACAGAAGAGGUAGAUGUGUACAGCUUCGCCAUGACGUGCUAUGAAAUCCUUACAGGAUGCAUACCUUUCGAAGACUUACAUGACAGCUAUUACGAUGCUGUUCUGAAUGGCCGGAGACCGGAGCUGCCGCAUCCAAUGAAUUCUCGAUUAACGGAAUUGUUGUGCAGAUGCUGGCACUCUAAUCCUUUAGAGCGGCCUUCCUUCGAAGAAAUUAGGAUUGCACUAGAAACCAUACAGCGAAGCUGCAUUGUAAUCUCAGAAACUCCCUCUCCUAAUGCAAGUCACAGAUCGAGUUAAGAACA